GCGCAUGAGAAGGGCUAAACGCACGCGCUCUUAUGCUCCGUUUACGUUUACAUCUUAUUUUUAUUUAAAAUUUGUUUUUUUUUAUUAAAGUUAAUUUGUAUUCAAAUGCACUAUAAAAAUGGAUUAAUAACAAUCAACGAUGAAUAAUCAACAAUGAUCAACGAUAAAUUAUGAAUCGAAUUGCUUAAUUCAACGAAGUGCGUUUAAUUAUACGUAUUCAGGAAUAGUGUCAAGAACAAAAAAGGAAAGAGAUGAGAGAAUGUUUAGUUAAUUAUCACUAAUCAUAUAAUAAUUUCAAGUAAUUAUUAAAAAUUCAAAGUUAGAGAAAAUGAAUUGUACAUGAACUGUAGCAUAGUUUUUGACUUGACGUUGCACUUGCAUCAUUUUAACCUGCCUUUCGACAGUGUCGUUCGCUCCGAUACAGCAAUGAAUAUGCUGUCAAACGUAGUAAUGUUAUUGGCAAUAAUGGCCUUCGUGAACGCAGAGAGCAUCUUAAUGACUGAAGUAUUCAUUAUUCCAAUCAAACCAGAGACUUUCGACUGGAACGAUGAUGCACGUUCCGAUCAAUUCUCGUAUCAACCCUCGUUAUUAAAUGCGCCUGAUCUUCCAUCAUGGAUUCAUUAUACAUAUAGCAAAAGAGAUCAUCAUGGUUUUGUAUAUGGUGUUGCGCCAAAGAAUCAAAAAUAUUUUCAGCUAGAGAUUGUAGGUCUAAACAAAUAUACCUACGAAACUAGAUACAAAGUUCUCGACAUGAACGUUCUUGAGAAAGAAAAUCUAACCAAGUAUGAGGUUCAUUUAAAAAUCGAUAAUCUAAACGUGGAGGACAUGUUCAAUCGGAACAGAACUAAUGAGCUUCUCGAUAUAUUUAGAAAGAGGUUAUGGAAAGAUGCAGUGAAUUUAUACGUGACUUUUUUAGCAUCUGCAGUCGAGCUUGGCGCUCGUUUGCCUCUGAAGCCAAGUGAAGGCGAAGGAGUUGUUAUAAGGCUAGGAAGUUCGAUGCCAUUCUCCCAAGAGUUGAACGAGCUGCAAGAAGAAGUAAAACCUUUGUGGAAAUUACGCUCCUGUCCUCGAGAUUUUAAACGUACCAGCGUCGAGAGACUCUUCAGAGAGGCAAGAUUCGCGUUGGAUUGGUGUUCCUUCAGAUUGGUCGAACAGGAGCAACAAAGUCUGCAGCAAGAAAGCGCGAGACGGGGACCGAGUAUGAACGUUGGAUUGGAUUUACCGGCUUCAGGAAUUUCAGAGCACACGGAAUGGCGAUGGGCCAGAUCGACCAAAGCCAGCAUUCCCACGAGAAGUUACUUUGAAGAAAUUGUCACCACGAUCUUUGCGUCUGUUAUUCUGUUUUUCGUAUUGGCCGCUUUGCUCAGCAUGCUGUUGUGCCUGGAUCACGAGAAAAUAGAAAAGAGAGAAACUUCAACAGGAGAAGGAGUUAGCAAUAAUAUACAAAUGGUCCAAUAUGCUGCCGAAAGAGGUAUCUUAAAAUCGCUCUCCGCUCAACCUUCCAGUCCUAAUGAUUCUUUGCUACCAAGUCCCAGAAUUUCUAAUGAACGUUGUAAUCCAUAUAUUCGACCAAAUCCACCACCUUACACAGGACCAAGCAAUUUAGUCGGCAUUCGAGCAGAUUUCUGACUACACGAGGAGCCAGAAAAAACGUGGUUUUGCUGAAUUAGUAACGGUUUUCUAUCGUAACUACAAGGAAAAUCGCAAAAUCAUUAAAACUGGCUCCAUAUUAUCUGUUGCUUCGUAAUUUGAUAUCGUAAUAUUUAUCAUAAAUUUUAUUUAAAGUUAAUAAAAAAAAUAUUUUAUAUUGCAUCACGAUAGUAAAAAUAUAUGUUUAAUUUAAAAGAUUAAUUAAUUAAUAUAGAUCAUAAUUAAUAUAGCAAAUUAGUAUAUUAUAUAAAAAAAAAUCCUUUUUAUAUAAUCUAUAUUAAGAAAAUCAUUUAGAAAAAUAUGUAUGAUAUACAUAUAUUUAAUAUUUAAAUUAAAACUUUUAAUUAGUUUUACAAUAUACAUUUUACAUAUGUAUAUAAAUACAAUGGUGCCAUAUGACAUUAAUUAAUAAAACAUACCUUUC